CGCGCCUUUGUCGGCAUGGACGAUUCGUUCCAGAUAGUCGGUCUCACAAAAAUACAUCGCGAUUUGUCUAUAAAAAACUUGUGUGAGGAGAAUUUUGAAACAAAUAUGUAUAAUUGCGAUGAUAAAUUUGUGAAUUAAUAGAAUAACUAUGUCAGCAACGCAAUCAAGACAAAAUAAGAUUAUCCCUACUAACGGAGCUAAGAUCCCUAUCCAUCAGUUAAAUCCUAGUUAUACAGUGCGAGUGAUUUGUUGUGUAUUUUUUAUUUUUUUGACUGAAAUAUUCUUAGCUCAUUAUGUUUAUAGGCUAAUAAUUUCCGAAAUCCGUGACAAUUACCUGAGUAAAACGGAUUUCCGGCAUAAUUUCCAAAACGAAAUCCGUACGGAACCGUUCAGAGAAGAAAUCAUAAGAAUCCUCACCUAUCACCAAAACGUAAAACCUAUUAAAUCUGAAGAAAAUGUCACGAUCAGACGAAAACGUAGUGUUGGCAGGGGUAGCGACCAUAAUUUUUUGACUGCUUCCAAAAUUGAGGAGCCUCAAGUCGAAUUUUUCCAUACCAAAACCCCUUUGAUGGACGAAAAUGAAGAAGACGCGCGAAAACGGAUUAAAGGUGGAGAUGAUCAAUGGAUUUGGGUGACGAGUUCUAGCAGAAUUCAGGAAACACAGCUAGCUGGUUUUUGUAAAAAAGUAAAAGAUUUCUGUCCACAAAUACCCGGACCAAAAGGGGAGCGUGGAGAUCGGGGCCUACCUGGACCAACAGGUCCCAUCGGUCCUCCUGCUCAAAAAGGUGAAGCAGGUCCAAUCGGCCCUACAGGUCAUCCUGGAGUUCCAGGCGAACGCGGUUUAGGUGGUAAUCCAGGAAUGCCUGGAUUUCCAGGUGAAAAAGGUGAACAAGGUCGUCCUGGACUUGACGGUAGAAUUGGUAUUCCUGGAACACCGGGUCUCGACGGAAUGCCGGGAAGAAAUGGACAUGAUGGCAUACCAGGAAAAGACGGUACUUCCGGCAGAGAUGGUAGAGACGGAACUAAUGGUCAAAAAGGUGACCGUGGAUUGCCAGGUCCGCAAGGUCCACCAGGACAGAGAGGAAUUUCUGGUCCAAGAGGAAAAGCGGGUAGGCCUGGCACUAACGGUACACCCGGUUUACCUGGUGUAUCCGCUUACAAGCUUGGCGAUAAAAAUGUUACUGAUUUGCUUAUACCGCCAUCAAUUGCCGGGUCUCAAAAAGGCCAAAUGGGACCCAUCAUUGUACACGAAACCGAAAAUGUGCGUUUACAUUGUUCAGCUACAGGUUCUCCUUCUCCUAGGAUUACCUGGCAGAAGAUUGAUAAUCGACCUAUCAACAGGGGAGCAUGGCAAGAUAUCCAAGUAUCUGGAGCUACCCUCAACAUAACGAUGGUAAACCGAGAACACAUGGGAAAAUAUAUGUGCAUUGCCGAUAAUGGAAUUCCUCCAUCUGCUAAUCAUACGUUUAACUUGGAAGUUUAUUUUCCACCGCUUAUAAGCAUUCCAAGCCAAAUGGUUGGAAUAGCCAAUGGUUCGACGGCUGUACUGGAAUGUGAAACUGAAGCUUUUCCUGAACCUAUCAGGUACUGGGAACGAUCAGAUGGUAGACUAUUAGAAAACGGUGACAAAUUUCGUAUAGACAAUUCAAAAAUAAAAUUCAGGUACAAAUCUAGAAUGCAACUGAACAUAUCCAGAGUCACCUACCACGAUAUGCAAUUUUUAUAUUACUGCAUUAGCAAGAAUGAAUUGCAAAUGACUAGAGGCGAAUUCAAACUUUAUGAAAUUGAUCCAAGAGAAUCUCAAGUAACUCGCACUUCCUACAAACCGACAAUUUUCGGGGUACAACCACCAGAAAAGAAAGCUUUGGAGGACCUUUGUGAACCUCCGGUGCCCUGUAGACCUUGUGACUUUACCGAAGUCAAAUGCAGUCCUAGCGGGGUAUCACUUAUUGAUUUGAUUAGCCGAUGGGAAGUAAGACCUUAUGGAGAUACGAGAUAUCCCAUGGUGAACCUAACUAGAGCUACAGAUUGUGUGAUUUAUGCUGUUGGCAAACCUGUUUAUAACCGAUUUUCUGAUUUCAUCUAUGGGUGCUGGAUGACAGAUGCCCAUCCUGAAGCAAAACCUGGAUUCAUUUGGGUUACAAACGAAACUAGUUCGAAUGAACUUAUUGAGUAUCGAAAUAAGAGUGCUUAUAGGAAAAAUGAUCCAUCAAAUGUCUAUAGAUUAGAUCAUCCUUUUGGCGGCAACGCCCAUGUAGUGUUUAACGGCUCCUUCUUUUAUAACAUCAAAGGCACCAAAAGGAUUUUAAAAUACAACUUAGCAAACAAAAACACAGUAUCCCUUGAUCUUCCGGGAGAUAUGAAUCGAACAUCGAAACUUUACUCUGGCCAAUACAAUUAUGUGGAUUUUUCUGUGGACGAAAAUGGUUUGUGGCUUAUUUUUGCUGUGUCCGAGUCUAAUAACACUGCUAUCAUGAAAGUUGAUAUAGAUCCAAUGACGCCUAAUUAUAUUUGGAACAUAAGUAUAGAUCAUCACAAAGUUGGUGAAAUGUUUAUAGCUUGUGGAGUUUUAUACGCAGUCGAUAGUAUUUCCGAUAGGACUAGCAAAAUUCGAUUCGCACUUGAUUUGUAUAAGAACGUACUUUUAGAUGUGAAUCUGCAAUUUUCUAAUCCGUUUAGGAAAACUACAAUGUUGAGUUACAAUCAUAAAACUAAAGAAUUAUACUCAUGGGAUAAAGGUAAUCAACUUACGUAUCCAGUAAGAUCUCAUGAUAUUGGCUAUAAUUAUAAUCAGACUAUGAAGGAUGAAAGGGUAGAUAUAUCGGAUAGGCCCACAGCCGCAAAACAUACUGGCUAUGAAGUAGACUAGUAC